UCGUUCUCAGUCUGCGCACAUUUUCCACUUGGCCAGCAUCACUUGGAGUCCACAGACACAGCGCUGAUUGAACGAGCGGAGGGGAGCUCAUUUUUCAGAGCGCAUGAUUGUGUUAGAGGGGUCUUCACUAGACUGUCACCGGCCAGAAGCAAAGAAGGAGAGACAGUAAAGCCAUUCCAACCACGCCUUUCAGAGUAGCCUAAAUAAUCCACACAAGUGCAGACUGGGUGUGCAGGAUUCUCCCCCCAACUGGUCUGGGCUGAGUGUUUUUUAGGAGGAAAAGUGAUUUUUACUUCCAUCUUUGGGAGGAGAGACUGGAAUCGAGCUGCGGUGAGACUCCGCUGACCGCCUCUCAGUGCGUAAAAUAAAAGUUUAACACACCGAGGAGAUUAUUUCAGAGGUCUGGGAGCUCGGCAAACUCCACAUUAUACUCUCCGGGAAUUGUAAAAGCUCCAAUUGGACGCUCACUGGAGGAGGAUAUAUAACUUUUCAACUCGUUUUGUGGAGAGACACGGAGGCGGGUUGGUCGAACGGAGAGCGGAGGAAUCCUCGUUGCUGAGCCGGGAGCAGUGCGCGCUGCGCCGGGUAGCAGACUGACUCAAAGGACGGCACCUCGGAGACAAGGUUAUGACGGAACUGAGCUGAACAUGGAGCUUUUCUGGAUUUUGUUAUUUUCUAGUGUUUCUACGCUUGCCUGGGGCCAAGGAGUUUAUGCUCCAGCCAACGCCCAGAUCGUGCAUUCAGGCGCCGCAUGUAACGUCAAGGAUGAUAACAUCAGCGAGAGAAUCUACACCAUCAAAGAAGGAGACACACUAGUGCUUCAGUGUAUUGUUAAAGGACACCCGCGGCCACAGGUACGGUGGACAAAGACGGCAGGCAGUGCUUCAGACAAGUUCCAGGAAACAUCCAUCUACAACGAGACGCUGCGUAUCGAGGGCAUCCAGAGAGUGCAGGGGGGUCGCUACUACUGCAAGGCCGACAACGGGGUGGGGGUGGCUGCCAUCAAGUCCAUCCGCGUAGAUGUGCAGUACCUUGACACACCAGUUCUGACGGUGCACCAGACCAUCAGUGAUGUGCGCGGCAGCUACUACCAGGAGAAGACGGUGUUCCUGCGCUGCACCGUCAACUCCAACCCUCCCGCACGAUUCAUCUGGAAACGAGGGAGUAUGCUCAUCGAACAGAGCAAGGACAAUGGAGUGGACAUCUACGAGCCUCUUUACACUCAGGGUGAGACCAAGGUGCUGAAGCUGAAAAACUUAAGACCCAAGGACUUUGCUGAUUAUACCUGCCAAGUGUCUGUCCGCAAUGUGUGCAACAUCGAAGAUAAGUCCAUCACCUUCAGGCUCACAAAUGCUACAAGUCCCCCCAUGAUCCGGCUGUCGGUCAAUGACACGGUGGUGGUGGAUCCUGGGCAGGACGUCCUCCUGACCUGUGAGGUGACGGCAGGUUUCCCUCAGCCCAAUGUGACGUGGACGCGUUACCCCGGCCCUCUUCCCCUCAGCGCCCUGGUUCGAGAGUCAACACUGAUUUUACGAGCUGUCACCCCAGCAGAUGCAGGCUUCUACAACUGCACAGCUGUCAACAACGUGGGCAACCCUGCUCGCAAGAACGUCAAUCUUGUUGUCAGGACAAUGAGCAACUUGACUUUCCAAAUUACACCAGACUCGAACAAGGACAGUGAGACCAUUCAAAUGGGUCGAGACCUCAAGCUGUCAUGCCACGUUGAUGCCACUCCACAGGAGAAAGUCAACUACACCUGGUACAAGAACGGUGUGCCGGUCUACAACUCAGAGACCCUGAUUUUACUGCGUAGCGACCCAGACAUGGCGCCCGGCACCAGUAGCUUGGAGAUUGUAGACAUGAAGUUCAGAGACUUGGCUACCUACAGCUGCGUGGCCAACUUCCCAGGUAGCAGAGUGCCCGAGCUUCGUGUGGAUGUCAACAUUUCUCAGAACAGUGUGUCUCCUCCAGUGCUGUCAGUUCCACCAGGAGGUCAGAUUGUGAGUGUGCGAGAAGGAGGUAAUGUGGAGUUGGUGUGCUUAGUAGCAGAUGGAAAACCACGUCCACCUAUACUGUGGUCACGGACAGAGAAGGACCUGCUAAUGCCAUCAGGGAGACCCAUAGUGGAGACACCUGAUGGCCGUUUGAGGCUAAGGAACGUCAGCCGGGACAUGAUGGGGGCGUAUCGGUGCCAGACCGCUCCAUACAACGGACUGAACAUCAAACGCAGAGAGGCACAGGUCCAACUCAAUGUGCAGUAUCCUCCCAUCCUGGACCCAGUCUUUCAGGACGUGCGCUCCAGGAACUAUCAGAUGGUGACCCUGAGGUGUACGGUCCUGCGGUCAAACCCUCCUCGCUUGGCAGACAUUCGGUGGUUUCGUAAUGGCGACUUUAUACGUAUGCCAAUGCCAGACCUGAAAGAGAUGCCGGAGCUGAAGUUCAAAUUGGAACCAAACAACAAUGGCUCUUAUGAGUGCCGAGUCAGCAACAGUGCAGGGACGUCAACGUGCACAUUUAACGUCACUGCACAGCCCUACAAUGCUGAGUUUUACUUUGACACACCCAACCCAGUCCGGAUUCUAAAAGGAAACAACUACUCCUACACCCUGCAGUGGACACAGAGAGAUCCUGAAGCCACAGACCCCAUCAUAGGCUACUGGAUUAAUGUCCGAAAGAACAAGCAGGUCUUGCUGUCAAAGCAGAUAGACCUCAAGAGUAAGGAGCCAGAAAAGGGUGUGCUGAUGUCCCACACAAUAUCAGACCUCAGAAUCCCUCUCUCCUACGAGGUCCGACUGGCUCCCGUCACCACCUACAGCACUGGGGACUAUGUCAGCAGAAUCAUCCAGUACUCAGAACCUUACACUUACCCAAGACCUUCAGACCAUGUGUGUGGUUUUGAGGAUGAGCGGAUCUGUGGUUUCUCUCAAGACCGGAGUGAUGUUUUUGACUGGACGAGACAGAAUCAUCUGUCGCAAAAUCCCAAGCGAUCUGCCAACACCGGGCCAGAGACUGAUCGCAGUGGAACAAAAGAGGGGUACUACAUGUACAUCGAAGCAUCACGUCCACGUGUUAAGGGGGACAAGGCUCGUCUGCUGUCUCCACUGUUUAAUGUGUCCUCAAACAGAGGCCCCAAGGGCUCCGGCAGAGUCCCAUACUGCGUCUCCUUCUACUAUCACAUGAAGGGCAAGCACAUUGGCACCCUUAAUGUACUCCUGCGAGUCAGAAGCAUCGCCUCUGUGGACUCAGUGAUGUGGACAAAGUCUGGUGAUCAGGGAUCGGACUGGAAGAAAGCGUUCUUUGGCAUCAGCCCCAGUGGACCCUUCCAGAUUGUGUUUGAAGGAAUUCGAGGCCCGAGUUAUGAGGGGGAUAUCGCCAUUGACGAUGUGUCCAUCACCAUAGGAAAGUGCAAACAAGAGAACACUGUAGCCAACGCAGGUAAGACAGUUCUGAUCGGGGGAUCACACUCACUCCAGCUGGCAAACUGGUUGACCUUUGGCCUCUGCUGCUUCCUGUCACUACUCUACAGAUGAUGAGCGCUUCCCACAGCGCCACCACCUGUCUGUGCUGACAGACACAACCCUGGCUCGCACUCUUUUACUUCUCUCUCUCCCUUUCUCCUUGUCCUUUCCUCUGUCUACCUGUCUCCUUACUAUCUGUCCUCCCCACUUGUCUUUCUAUUCCCUCUUGCAUCAAUUCCAUCCUUCUUGCUUAGAUAAGGAAGCAACACAAAGUCUUUGUCUAGUUUCUUGUCCUCUGCUUUCUUUGAAUAGUUCCCACAACCAGACACUCAGUAUAACCAACUGAUGCUCAUACUGUAUUUAAGGUUGGCAUAUUUGAUGAUCUUUGACCAUCGAACUUGACAUUCUUUUCUUUGUCACUCGAUAAGAUUCACUUUAUCCAUGCCAGCGUGUCACGUUGUCGCCCUUUUCCUCGUCUUCAUCAACCUUCUUCGUCCAUACGUGCACCCUUCGUGUAUCUCCACCCCCUUGAACCGCUGUCCUUGAUGGCCCCUCCACCCUAUUCCCGAGACACACCAAAGUGUCGGACACUCUACCAAAGAUGACGAAGGACCUGAGGGAAUAAAAUGAGGGAACAGGGAUUCCAAGAAGAAAGUGAAAGCGAGAGAGAAAGCGGUUUCAAAACCUUUUUCACAAAGACUGUCUCCCUUCCAUCCUAGAUGUUGGGAUCACGGGAGCUCCUGAGCGACAAAGACAGAUGGGGAAAAAAAACUGAUUAAUGAAUGAUUGAAUAAACAAGUGAAUAGUUGAGGAAAGGACAAACCAGAAACAGAGGAUAAAAGAAGGGUGCCCCUGGUUGCCUCUCUGCUUGCCACAAGAGACAAACCUCAGUGCGGAUUAUACGUGUACAUUUAUCUAUAUAUAUAUUAAAUAUAACAAAGUUUAAACUAAAACACAACUAGGACAGUGGAGGACUUUACAAAGUGAAAUUAAAGAAGCACAACGUUUAUACAACCUCUGCUGUUCCUUUGGGUUUUAUUCUACUUAUUAUGUGAUGUUGCAAUUUGUCAGACCAAUUCAAUGUUUUUGAUAUUUUGCUUUUUUUUUGUGUUUUGUUUUAUUAUGGCAUCAUAAGGGUCAAAGGCAAUGGGGUAAUAAAAUAUAUUCAUAUUUAUGAGAGCUAGAGAGGAUGAUUUGAGCCUGAUUUGAGCAUGUUGGAGGGAAAGAUGACCCAAGCCAUCGGGAUAGAAACCUCAGCUUUUCUUCACACAUAUAGCACUGAACGCGCACACACAUACACGCAGGAAUAUACAGAAACACAGUUUUCCUUACAGGCAUCACAAUCAGCCUCUCAGCUCCCCCUCUGUCUGAACAGCGCAGAGGAAACACCAAGUAUGGUAGCAGCGACUUUCACAUUUCUGCUUACAUUGUCAUUAACUUCCUGUCACUGGACAUAUGACUCAGAUGGCUGGAUCGAUCGACCACAAGAGAAUAGCCGGACAUGUGAAGUAAAGAUACGGGAAGCAGAAAAUAGUAUGGAAUAAGUUCUAGCACUUCUUUCUCCACAGGUUGUUGAAUACCAUUUAUGGAUCUCUCAUUCAGCACUGAGUAAAAGAUGGAGGAGAUUGUCAGUGUCUGCCAGGAGUGCAGUGAGGAUUGCAUAUCAGAUUCUUUGUCGGUGUUUAAUUGCUGUUGAAUGUCUACUGUAAAAAAGUUUUCAUAAUCUCAUUGAUUGUUAAAGUUAAGCAAUACUCAUAUCUACAGAUUCACAACUUUUUGACUGCAUUUACAAAAGAAGUUCAGAGUGCAGAAAUACCACCUUGUUCAAAGCACAUCAUACAAGUUACUUCAUUCAUCUCGUAUUUUGUCUAUGUCAUGUCACGUUAAGUUGAUCAUUUCACUUGUUUUUAUUUACUUUUUGGUUUGCUUGCUUUCUGUAUUGUGGUUGGUUAAAAAUGUAUUAUUGAUUUUUCAAUCAUAAAUAGUACAUAACAUGCAGAAAUGAUGUGCCUAUUUGACUUGCCCAGUCUGGUGUGGGUGGCACUUUCCGUGCUUGCACAGGUUGUUUGUGGAACAUCACAAUGUGUAACUGCUGCAAAGUUGUGUAAAGCAUGUUAGGCAAAUCUGUGAAAUGUCGCAGACAGCAGUGUAUGAUAUGAACAUAGAAACCUUUUGAAAUUUGCUGCAAGAAAAGCAUCAAUAUUUUAAAAUUGCUCUCUUUUCUUAGCUUUAUCGUCAAACAUUUACUUUGAUCUGAUUUUUGCACCUGAUGGGAGGUUGUACUUGAAUGAUAAAAAGAUAUUUUAGGUGAAUUUGACAUACUUUCUUGUAAAAGCCAUUUGUUCACUCUGCAAGAGGCCUAAAAUGUUUUCAACUUUUGAUAAUGUCUGCAAAAACACAACAUUGCAGGAAAGUGUUUGACUUUAGAUAUUCAUUUGCAAUGCCUCCAAUUUCCCCACCUUAUAUGACUAAUGGGAAUUGGUUACAUGUGGCAUUUAUAUCAGCUUAAGUCGUACAGUAUCAUAAGCAUUAUCCAGCAGAAUAGCAGUACACCAUAGGUCAGUCCUUUAACCAUGCAGUAGUAAAUACAUUUUAGACAUAUUAUUAAGCAUUGAUGUGCAUGGCAUUUCAUCAUGCUGUCAGAUCCUUCCUCACAUUGCCUCAUAUUUCAGUGGCAAUAAUAACAGGUGAAACACUAUCAUUGUUAUCAUUGCAUUUGGACAUGUGACAACUGCAAAUUAAUGAUGCUUUGUCUGUAACCUUUGUCAUAUUUCUCACAAUGACACACACACACACUUCUCUUUUUGAUUUAGCUGUGUGUGACAACUUAUAGCUCAAGUUUAAAGGGGAAGAUGUUGUAUUAAUGCUCCCACAUGACAAUAGAUUAUUAAAACAUGGCGUACACAUGUGCAAAAUACAAUUAAUCCAACCCAUUGCUUGCAAAGUGGUUCUAUUACUAUGUCAUGCUGGCUUAUUAAACAGCAAUUUGUCACUUUUUAUUAAAAUAUGCGGCAAUAGAACGGUGUUGGAAAGUAACACAAACUGUAUUCAUCUACUCUCGUAUGAUAGAACAGCAUUUUAUUAUUAUUGUUUUGUAAGUCAAACAUACACAAUACCAUAACACAAUAAUUCUUCCGAAAGUGGCACACAGCAAUCAGCUUUGAGAAAUAAUAAGCAGGACCUGAUUCCCGUUUACUUGACCAUUUAAAUGGGAAACGUGUUCAGCAGAAUGUAAAUGAAGCAACUGUCUUUUUGUUUUUGUUUUGUUGUGAUAUAUACCAUUUAACUAAUGGUUUAGUAAUUGCAAUUUUACAAUCUUUAACAUGUACUCAAACCUGUAGCAGCACAUUUUGUUCCUGUUAGAUCAAGUCCAGAUACAAAGAGAGGUUUGCAUAUAUCUUCCAUAAUAAAAUCACAUGUUGAAAGUA